GUGUAGGGCCCGCCUCUGAAACUGACAGGACUCCAACUCCUGUCAUCUGAGCAGGCCAGGGUCGUGUUAGGGCUGCCCCGACUUCCAAGGAAGGACCGUGUCCCGCCCCCCGUGUUCCUUAACUGUUCAUUGCUGUCUUGGACAGGGAGGGUAGACAAUCCUGAAAAUAAGCGCUUUAAAAUAACUACCCUGUGGUGCCGCGGUUACAGUUAAGUUUGGCCCUGGGACUUAGGAGGAAAUUCUAGCGCCAGAAGGAUCCUUAGGGGUGUUCUGAUUCGACCUGCCUACUCCUUCUUUUUGUGUCACAUUUGAAGACGGGCACUGAGGAUGAGGAAUCAACUGAAAAAUAUGAAAAUGUUGGAAAUGCAGAAUCUAAGUGGCCAAAAAUGGAAGGUCUUCACAAGGAUCAUAUGCAGGAAUCUAUUGAUAAAACUCAUGAUUGGGAUAGCAAGAUAGGGAAUCAAUUGGAAAAGCCUGAGUGGAAAAGAAUGAAGGAAGACAAAAGUGGCAUCAGGGAGAAGAUUGACAAAACCAAGAACACGACAAAUAUAAAAACAGAACGAGAUGAGGCAUCUGAGAAAAGCUUACAUCUGAGCUCAAAGCAUAUUACACAUCAGACUGUCCCUAUGGAACAGAAAAGCAGUGAACAAGGUAAAUGUGUUGAGAGCAUUAAUGGAAACUCUCAUGCCAGCCUACAGCAGAAUACCAUUGCUCUUAAGAAAUCACAUAAAUGUGAUGAGUGUGGGAAGUCCUUCAAAUAUAAUUCCCGCCUUGUUCAACAUAAAAUUAUGCACACAGGGGAAAAACGCUAUGAGUGUGAUGACUGUGGAGGAACUUUCCGGAGCAGCUCCAGCCUUCGAGUCCAUAAACGGAUCCAUACUGGGGAGAAACCGUACAAGUGUGAUGAAUGUGGGAAAGCCUACAUGUCCUAUUCCAGCCUUAUAAACCACAAAAGUACCCAUUCUGGGGAGAAGAACUGUAAGUGUGAUGAAUGUGGAAAGUCCUUCAAUUAUAGCUCUGUUUUGGACCAGCAUAAAAGGAUUCAUACUGGGGAGAAGCCCUAUGAAUGUGGUGAGUGUGGGAAGGCCUUCAGGAAUAGUUCUGGUCUCAGAGUCCACAAAAGGAUCCACACAGGGGAGAAGCCCUAUGAAUGUGACAUCUGUGGGAAGACCUUCAGUAAUAGCUCUGGCCUGAGGGUCCACAAAAGAAUCCAUACAGGUGAGAAACCUUAUGAAUGUGAUGAGUGUGGGAAGGCCUUCAUUACUUGCAGAACACUCCUAAAUCAUAAAAGUAUUCACUUUGGAGAUAAACCCUACAAAUGUGAUGAGUGUGAGAAAUCUUUUAAUUAUAGCUCUCUCCUUAUUCAACAUAAAGUCAUCCACACUGGAGAGAAACCUUAUGAAUGUGAUGAAUGUGGAAAGGCCUUCAGGAACAGCUCAGGCCUUAUAGUUCAUAAAAGGAUCCACACAGGAGAGAAACCUUACAAGUGUGAUGUCUGUGGCAAAGCAUUCAGCUAUAGCUCUGGCCUUGCAGUUCAUAAAAGCAUUCACCCAGGAAAAAAAGCUCAUGAAUGUAAGGAGUGUGGCAAGUCCUUUAGUUAUAACUCACUUCUUCUUCAACAUAAGACUAUUCAUACUGGAGAGAGACCUUAUGUAUGUGAUGUGUGUGGGAAAACUUUCAGAAACAAUUCAGGCCUCAAGGUUCACAGGCGACUUCAUACUGGAGAAAAACCAUAUAAGUGUGAUGUGUGUGGGAAAGCUUAUAUCUCACGCUCUAGCCUUAAAAAUCACAAAGGAAUUCAUCUAGGGGAGAAACCUUAUAAAUGUACCUAUUGUGAGAAAUCCUUCAACUAUAGCUCUGCACUUGAACAGCAUAAAAGGAUUCAUACAAGGGAGAAGCCCUUUGGGUGUGAUGAGUGUGGCAAAGCCUUCAGAAACAAUUCAGGCCUUAAAGUACAUAAACGAAUCCACACUGGGGAGAGACCUUACAAAUGUGAAGAAUGUGGGAAAGCCUACAUCUCACUCUCAAGCCUUAUAAAUCAUAAAAGUGUACACCCUGGGGAAAAGCCCUUUAAGUGUGAUGAGUGUGAGAAAGCCUUCAUCACAUACCGAACCCUCAUAAACCACAAAAAAAUUCAUCUUGGGGAGAAGCCCUAUAAAUGUGAUGUAUGUGAGAAAUCUUUUAACUACACCUCACUCCUUUCUCAACACAAAAGAGUCCACACUAGAGAGAAACCCUAUGAAUGUGACAGGUGUGAAAAGGUCUUCAGAAACAACUCAAGCCUUAAAGUUCAUAAAAGAAUACAUACUGGGGAGAAACCCUAUGAAUGUGAUGUGUGUGGAAAAGCCUACAUCUCACACUCAAGCCUUAUUAACCAUAAAAGUACCCAUCCUGGUAAGACCCCCUAUACAUGUGAUGAAUGUGGAAAAGCUUUUUUCUCUAGCAGAACACUUAUAAGCCAUAAAAGAGUCCAUCUUGGAGAGAAACCCUUCAAAUGUGUUGAGUGUGGGAAAUCUUUCAGUUACAGCUCACUCCUUUCUCAACACAAGAGGAUCCACACAGGGGAAAAACCCUAUGUAUGUGAUAGGUGUGGGAAGGCAUUCAGGAACAGCUCAGGCCUCACAGUGCAUAGAAGGAUCCACACAGGUGAGAAACCCUAUGAAUGUGAUCAAUGUGGAAAGGCAUAUAUCUCACACUCGAGUCUAAUCAACCAUAAAAGUGUCCACCAGGGGAAGCAGCCCUAUAAUUGUGAAUGUGGGAAAUCCUUUAAUUAUAGAUCAGUCCUUGACCAACACAAAAGGAUUCAUACUGGAAAGAAGCCAUACCGCUGUAAUGAGUGUGGGAAGGCAUUUAAUAUCAGAUCAAAUCUCACCAAGCAUAAAAGAAUUCAUACUGGAGAGGAAUCUCUAAAUGUGAUAAAUGUGGAAAGUUAUAGUAGCACAUCCCAGAAGAUAAUCUACGAGGGAGGGAAUGUUCUGGAUGGGACCAGGAUGAGGAUGCCUCUGUGGGAGGCAGAGCUUACUAAGUCUCAAAGAACUCAAAUAGAAGAAAAACCUUAUGAAUGUAAGAAUUUCUGAGGCCCUUAUUCAUGGCUUACAAAUUUCAUAGUAUAAGUGAAACCAUUUUAGAUGAUCAAGAGUAAUCUUUACUAUGUGAUUUUCAAUCAUAAUCAGCAAAGAAGGCUCCAGUGUUAAAGUAAUUGAGCCCUUUUGGAGUGUAAAAUAGUCCAUUAUGGGAAUAAAACCUAUCAAAAACAAUGGGAUAUUUUUAAAUCCUCAAAGUGAGCAGACAUUUCUGGACAUAAAAAUGUAUAUGAAGAAAGAACUUCAAUUAGAAAUCACAAAGUCACCAUUAGAGAGUUCAUAUUUGGGUAAAUUUUGUGAAUAGAAAUGUAGGAAAUUCAGACAUAGCUUUGCAUCCCAAUAAGAUUGUAUUGGUCAGUGGGGAAAAAAAAAAAUCCAAGAAGAGCCUCCAAAGGGCAAAUUCAGGGAGAGAUAGGCUUCAGGGAAUAUAAAUUUAUUUAUUAGUAAUCAUGGAUUAUUAACAAUGUAAUUGAAUGGUUUGGGGGAUAGGAUGAGAAAAAUUUGGAUUUCCUUGUAGUAAAGUAAAAAGCAUAAACUUAUAAAUCUAACAGGAGUAGGAGAGUAUUAUAAAAAUGCAAAUUGAGUGAAAUGUACUAUUGUAAUUCAAGAGUUGAAUGGGUGAAAAUUAAAGUUUCAAAUGAACCCCCUCAAUAAAUGAUGACUGUGUGAUGAGUGAAAACCUGGUAUUCACAUAUUCUACCAUAAAAGGUCCUACAAUGGAGAGUAUUUUGCCAUCUUCAAUAACUAAUGGAACAUGAAUCUUCAACAUGAAUUUGCACCUUCAGAAAGAAUCAAUUCAGGGAUUCCUGUGAAUAGAAAUGUUGGGAAGGAGAGCAUUUUAUUGUGGUAGCUAAAAAACUAAGUAGCUACUAGUAAUCGAGAGAGGAAAUUCAUGUUUCUAAAUCUUGUCAAAUGUUUGUUUUGGAAUGUGUUGUAAAGAUUUCAUGCACUACAUGUGUAUAUUGUCUGUCGUAAAAUGUUAUGAAUACUUUGUUCAGGGCUCAUUCUGCUCUGCCAUAAAGACCAGGUAAUUGUGGUGAGGUAAGAUUGAACUCCAAUAAAGAAAUUCCU